AUGGAUAUCACGCCAUUAUUUAGAGCAUAUAUAAAAACUGUGAAGACUCGCAAUAAGGCCUUUGGCAUACAAAGCCCAACAAGCGAUGAUAAACAGCGUAUUCUUCGAACUAAGCCAAAAACGGCUUUCAUGAUAACUGCGAAAGACAUAACUUCACAAAUUACUAGAUUACGAGACUUUUUACUAGAGCAUCGUGAAAAAUACUUGAGUUUCUACGACAAUGUGGUUGCUGAAGAAAUGACGGAUGCAGAGAGGGAUCAAAUAGAUACAGGAGCGCAAAGGAUAAUCAAUACAUGCUCUCACUUGCUGAAGGAGUUUAGGAAUGAUAACCGCAAGGUAACAGCAGCCCCUCAGAUGAAAGAAUACAUGGAAGCUGUGGCCGACCUCAUAGAUAUGUACUUGAAAGCUGUUUGUAAGAUUCACAGCGAGCUCAAAGCUCUACGGGUAAAACGAACUCUAGUCAUGCGAAAACUAUCGCGGUUGGAGCUUCCACAAACUAAAUCCACUAUUCCAAACCCCUUUAUAGUGGGUAAAGUAGCUGAGAAAGAUACUGAUAAAGUUUUAGAUAAAGACAUAGAAGAAGUGGAGGAACCUGACACAGUGAAGAAAAUGGAUCUCUGUGAGAAUGAUGUCGCAGUAUUGGCUGAUGAAGAAAUCAGUGCUGAAGAGCUCCAGAUGUUUGAGUCGGAGAAUGUGCAACUCUUGAAUGAGCUGAACAGCAUGACUGAGGAAGUUAGGGCGAUAGAAAGCAAAGUCCUCCACAUUGCUGAAUUACAGGAAAUAUUUACUGAGAAGGUGCUUUGA